AUGCCAGGUUAUUCCGUUAUGACCGUCAAUAUGAACGGGAAGGCAAAGGCAGAUGAAAGAAGGGCGCUGUUGUCGGAAAUUAUAAGUGGAACAGGGUCGUCUUUGGUAUUCUGUCAAGAACCUCCAGGCUAUUUCGAAACAGACGUGGUCCCUCUUGACUAUGGCUUCGUUAAAACUGGGAAUGAAGCGGCUGUAAUGUGGAGUAAUCAACAUUUUCAUGGCAAUCCUGUGGAUCCUGCGUUGAAAACGAGAAUCAGAGACACACUGAUCACAACAAACAAAAUUGAUCGCGAGAUGGCAAGCGAGUUACCCUCGCGAACUGCAGUCGUCAUGUUAACGGCUGAAGGAGAAGAAGCUUGUAACUUUCCGAAGCCCUCUUUUUUAGCAGUGUCGUGGCAUGGGCCUAACUCAGGAAAGAAAAGGUGGACACUGGAGAAAAAACAAAAAGUUUUGAAAGACCUCAUUCUCUUUUUGUGUGAGAUAUGUUGUGAGACGAAUGUAUCCUCUAUUAUUAUAGGAGGAGACUUCAACUUAAACACUUUAGACAAGAAUGGCUUAGUUAACGCGUACUUUCCUUUGUAUGUGUUGAGCCCUCGAGGUAAACUCGCGAAAGAACGUAAGGGACAAGGACGUCCCUACAUCGGCUACAAGGAUAAUUUUGCCAUUAUAAAUAUUGCGCCUUCUGUGGGUCGCCCUUUUGUAGAAUUGAAAUUGUCUGAAGUGCAGCCCCUUUCAGAGUUUGUGUAUGUGAACGAGGAGGGAGAUAUAUUAAACCACGACCCUAUCAUAGGUGUUCUUCAGCUUGAGCAAACUCCGUCAACUGGUAAG